AUGGCCGGGCUUACGACUGCAACACUCUUCCGGACCGGAUUCACAGCCGCAGGUCGAGGAUUGUCAAGGCAUUCACACCAAAACUACUAUCUCCUCAAUACCAGACCACUUCACUCAAGCCCAUCGAUUAGUUCCAAAAUGAGAAUCGUUCCGGUACCAGUAAGGGAAGACAAUUACUCGUACUUGAUCAUCGACGAAAAAACCAACACAGCAGCAGUUGUCGAUCCAUGCGAACCUAAAGAAGUCAUCAAAGCAGCCAAAGCUGAGAAUGUCACUCUUUCGGGCACCAUCCUGACGACUCACCACCACGAAGAUCAUUCAGGUGGUAAUCUUGAACUGAUCUCAUUCUUACAAGAAAAUCAUACAUCCAAAGAUCAAGUGAAAGUCUAUGGAGGUAGUAAGAAAAUUCCCGGCUUAACAAACUUGGCCGAACACAAGGCGAAUUUCAACCUAGGCUCAGGGGAGAAGGCGGGCGACAAUGAUGGAGGUGCGAUCGAAGUGAAUUGCUUGGCUACCCCGUGCCAUACUGGUGAUAGUAUUUGCUAUUAUGUCCGGGACCCUCGUCAGGGUGGGCCGGGCUGUGUUUUCACUGGCGAUACUCUGUUUGUGGCUGGCUGUGGUCGCUUUUUCGAAGGUACAGCCGAGGAAAUGGAUCAAGCGUUGAACCAAAGAUUAGGUUCAUUACCUGAUGAAACGAUCACUUAUGUAGGACACGAAUAUACUAAAUCCAAUGCAGUCUUCGCCAAAUCUAUCGAGCCUCACAAUCAGCAUCUCCUUGCUUUGAUCCAAGCCUGUGACUCCAAAGAUUCGGCGGGGAUAACGACGGGAAAAUAUACGAUUGGUGACGAAAAGAAAUUCAAUCCGUUUAUGAGACUUGAAGAGCCCCACGUCGUCGGCGCUGUUGGUCUCAACUCACCGUCAAGAGUUGAAGUGAUGACAAAGUUGAGAGAACUUAAAAACUCUUUCAAAGCUUAA